UUAUUAUUCCAAAAAUAUUCUAUUCCUAAAUCCUUCCGUAUUCUUCUUCUUCAACAAGAGAACACAGAAAAAUUCCACAGAGAGAAAAAUCUCAGAAAAUCAAUCAAGGGUUUUUGUUUCUCCUGAGAGGAGAUUUCAGGAUAAACUAACAAGGGUAUGCAAACAGAAGCUCGAGUUGGUGUGGUUGUUGACGGUGGAUGUGCUGGCGGUGGAGGAGGAACCAAAAGAACCUUUAGUAGUUCUGUUCAUGGUGGUGCUUCUGCUUCUACAAUUGAUGGCGGUGCCAGGAAUAAAUUCCUACCCCAAAAACAACAACAUCAUCAGCAACAUCAGCAUCAGCAACACAUCAGUACGGUGUCGCAACUGCUUGCUGGUGGAAUUGCAGGAGCUGUUGGUAAAACUUGUACUGCUCCUCUUGCUCGCCUCACCAUACUCUUUCAGGUUCAAGGUAUGCACACAGAUGUUGCGAAUUUGAACAAGGCUAGCAUAUGGAGGGAGGCGUCGCGGAUUGUACGAGAAGAAGGUUUCAGAGCAUUCUGGAAAGGGAAUUUAGUUACUAUUGUUCAUCGCCUUCCGUAUUCUUCAAUAAGCUUCUAUGCUUAUGAACGCUAUAAAAAUUCGCUGCAGUCCAUUCCUGGACUAGAGAGGCAUAGGGAAAAUGUUACUUCCGAUCUUUUUGUACGACUGGUGGGUGGAGGGUUGGCAGGGAUAACAGCUGCAUCCCUUACUUAUCCACUAGAUCUUGUGAGGACGCGGCUUGCUGCACAGACACAUGAAGUUUAUUACAGAGGUAUUUCACAUACUCUUCGUACUAUUUGCAAAGAAGAGGGUUGCUUGGGCUUGUAUAAGGGUCUUGGAGCAACACUGCUGGGAGUUGGACCUAGUAUAGCUAUCAGUUUUGCGGUUUAUGAGACGCUGAGAUCUUAUUGGCAAUCAAAAAGGCAACAGGAUUCAACUGUUUUGGUAAGCCUGGCAUGUGGCAGCCUUUCAGGCAUUGCGUCAUCAACAGCCACAUUUCCGCUGGAUCUUGUGAGGCGGCGGAUGCAGUUAGAAGGGGCAGGUGGUCGAGCCCGUGUCUACAAAACUGGCCUUUUUGGGACGUUUGGCCAAAUAUUCCGAGGUGAAGGUCUACGUGGUCUGUACAGGGGAAUACUGCCAGAAUACUACAAGGUUGUUCCAAGUGUGGGAAUAGUCUUCAUGACUUACGAGACAAUGAAGAUACUUCUAUCUGAGACUCAAGUCAGUGACUAGAAGCAAUAAUCACUGACGGCAUCACCAACACCAUCAUAAUCAUCAUCAUCAUGCCUGUAACAUGUCUGUUCUCCGGAAUCGUAAAAAGGCUCGAGUUUGUUGAAGUCUUAAAAAUAUGUUGUUACGUUUUAGCAGAACACUUCUUUUUCUUUCUUUCUUUCUUUCUUUGUCAUGGUGGUAAAUUUUGUUGUUGCUGCCGCGAAACCAUUGUUUUCCUUGUAUAGAUAGAUAGACAGGCAGGUAGGUAGAUAGAUAAAAAGUAGAUGCAUAGACAGAGAACAGAUUUUGAAUCGAAACGAAGUUGUAUCUUACAUAUGCUAACACUACUCCGAGAGAUCACAUUCCUAUUCAUUCAAUCAUUCAUCCGAUUUGCUGUAACUUGUUUGUAUUCUGCUG